UGCCCCAGCCCCGCGGAGAACAUCCGAGCCCCUCGGCGGGGCAAUGGGCCCCCGCCGGCCCCCCGGAGACGCAGCCUGAGUGGCAGGAAUACCAAUUCCUUGCAGAGUGGCUCCCUCUCAGCUUGUCACGCAAGAACGCUCGCUGCAAGGCAGUGCAUUCUGCCAAGUGACUUAAAGGGAUUAAAAAAACUUGGUAAAGAAAAGGGGGUAAAAGCCACGCAGAAGCCUUUCAGAGGAGGUGGCGGCCAACAGACAAAAGGGCGAAAGUUGAAAGGGGCCACCCUCCCUGGAUGGGCGCCCAACCGUAGGGCAUGCCCGGGAAGCAGGGGCCCAGAACACCCUCAGGCCGCACUCGGGAGUCCCGGGGCACCCCUGCAGGCCCCCCACGCACGCCCCUUGCUCCAAGGGACGAGGCCCACAGCGCCAGUGGCCGAGGAUGCGGAGGAUGCUACCCUGGCCCCGCAGCCACGUCUAAACGCAGGAGCCUGGCAGUCUGAACGCAGGAGCCCGGCAGAGUGAAGCACUGAGUCUCCGUGUCCUGGGACGCCCCCAGGGCCACCCAAAGCCCCACAUCUGUGGUCUGUGCCGCCGGGGCCAGAAUGUGUGUGCGGCCCAGGCCCACCUCGACCAGAGGCUGACAUCCAGAGCGGCGACCCAGCCAGACCCAGCAGGCUCCAGGGCUGCAGCUCAGAAGGUGUCGAGGCUCCAAGUCAGGUGUGGCCGGGCUCCCGCAGCCAUCCACCAUGGUGGUGGCACAUCCCGCCGCCACCGCCACCACCACGCCCGCUGCCACCGUCACAGCCACCGUCGUGAUGACCACGGCUACCAUGGACCUGCGGGACUGGCUGUUCCUCUGCUACGGGCUCAUCGCCUUCCUCACGGAGGUCAUCGACAGCACCACCUGCCCCUCCGUGUGCCGCUGCGACAACGGCUUCAUCUACUGCAACGACCGGGGGCUCACCGCCAUCCCCACCGACAUCCCUGACGACGCCACCACCCUCUACCUGCAGAACAACCAGAUCAACAACGCCGGCAUCCCCCAGGACCUCAAGACCAAGGUCAACGUGCAGGUCAUCUACCUGUACGAGAACGACCUGGACGAGUUCCCCGUCAACCUGCCCCGUUCUCUGCGGGAGCUGCACCUACAGGACAACAACGUGCGCACCAUCGCCAGGGACUCGCUGGCCCGCAUCCCACUGCUGGAGAAGCUGCACCUGGAUGACAACUCCGUGUCCACCGUCAGCAUCGAGGAGGACGCCUUUGCCGACAGCAAGCAGCUUAAGCUGCUCUUCCUGAGCCGGAACCACCUGAGCAGCAUCCCCUCGGGGCUGCCCCGCACGCUGGAGGAGCUGCGGCUGGACGACAACCGCAUCUCCACCAUCCCCCUGCACGCCUUCAAGGGCCUCAACAGCCUGCGGCGCCUGGUGCUCGACGGCAACCUGCUGGCCAACCAGCGCAUCGCCGACGACACCUUCAGCCGUCUGCAGAACCUCACCGAGCUCUCGCUGGUGCGCAACUCGCUGGCCGCCCCGCCCCUCAACCUGCCCAGCGCCCACCUGCAGAAGCUCUACCUGCAAGACAACGCCAUCAGCCACGUCCCCUACAACACGCUGGCCAAGAUGCGCGAGCUGGAGCGCCUGGACCUGUCCAACAACAACCUCACCACGCUGCCCCGCGGCCUGUUCGACGACCUGGAGAACCUGGCACAGCUGCUGCUCCGGAACAACCCCUGGUUCUGCGGCUGUAACCUCAUGUGGCUGCGGGACUGGGUGAAGGCUCGGGCGGCCGUGGUCAACGUGCGAGGCCUCAUGUGCCAGGGCCCCGAGAAGGUGCGGGGCAUGGCCAUCAAGGACAUCACCAGCGAGAUGGAUGAGUGCUUCGAGACGGGGUCCCAGGGCGGUGCGGCCAACGCCGCCGCCAAGACCACGGCCAGCAACUACGCCUCGGCCACCACACCCCAGGGCUCGCUCUUCACCCUCAAGGCCAAGCGGCCAGGGCUGCGCCUCCCCGACUCCAACCUUGACUACCCCAUGGCCACGGGCGAUGGGGCCAAGACCCUGGUGAUCCACGUGAAGCCCCUGACGGCGGACUCCAUCCGCAUCACAUGGAAGGCCACGCUCCCCGCCUCCUCCUUCCGGCUCAGCUGGCUGCGCCUGGGCCACAGCCCGGCCGUGGGCUCCAUCACAGAGACCCUGGUGCAGGGGGACAAGACAGAGUACUUGCUCACGGCCCUGGAGCCCAAGUCCACCUAUAUCAUCUGCAUGGUCACCAUGGAGACAGGCAACACCUACGUGGCCGACGAGACCCCCGUGUGUGCCAAGGCGGAGACGGCCGACAGCUACGGCCCCACCACCACGCUCAACCAGGAGCAGAAUGCAGACCCCAUGGCGGGCCUGCCCCUGGCGGGUAUCAUCGGGGGCGCGGUGGCCCUUGUCUUUCUUUUCCUGGUCCUUGGGGCCAUCUGCUGGUACGUGCACCGGGCCGGCGAGCUGCUGACCCAGGAGCGGGCGUACAACCGGAGCAGCCGGAAAAAGGACGACUAUAUGGAGUCGGGGACCAAGAAAGAUAACUCCAUCCUGGAAAUCCGCGGCCCCGGGCUGCAAAUGCUGCCCAUCAACCCUUACCACGCCAAAGAGGAGUACGUGGUCCAUACCAUCUUCCCCUCCAAUGGCAGCAGCCUCUGCAAGGGCACGCACACCAUCGGCUACGGCACCACGCGAGGCUACAGGGACGGCGGCAUCCCUGACAUUGACUACUCCUACACAUGAUGCCAGCCUCCGGGCCGCCCCCGCCCCGGCUCCCGCCGUCCUCCUGGUGUGGUGACGACGUGGCUUUGCCCAGCCUGCUGCCGUCCGACGACAGAGCAAGGAAAAGAAAUUCCAUGAUGACUUUCCCAGCAGAAAGCAGAGUUUGGGGAGGGUUGAUGAUUUUGUAGAACACGACCGUGAAAAACGCAAUUUUUUUUAAAGCAUAGAAGGCAGAAGGGGGAUUUGACGCAGCCGAAGACAUAAUUUAUACGGAAUUAUGCCAGCUGAGGAGGGAAAAACUAAAAAUAAUAUUGCAGGAAGGGUUGGGCCAGGGUUUUAUUUUUUUUCCCCGAACUGGAAAGAUACUACCUGGACCACAUCUGUGUGCGCCUCAUGGUCUGUUCAGGGCCGUCACAAAAGAACCGUCAGAGGGAAGCAGCCACCACCAGAGGCCCCACGCAGCUCUCGCUGCUGGCUGCUCGCUGGCGACGACGCGAUAGAAGGUUUUCAGGCUCCUCACAAAGGAGACGGGGAAGAAAAGGUCUUUCGCUACAGAGAUGCUGUCCUGAAACCUCUUCCGCGGUUCUUUCCAUCUCGUUUCCCUUCCAGAUUUGCAGAAAUAUCGCGUCUUUCAAUGCAUCCUUUGAACAACAAUGUAGUCGAUUAAAAAACACUUUCUUUUCCCGUGCUGAAGCCCUCUUCGUUUCCACGCACCGUCCUCCGUGGAAGCCCCCUGGGAGCGGUGGCUUUCCUGGGAGGUGCAUCUAUUCACCUGUCUCUCUCCAUGUCACCUCUAAAUACAGAUGGGUAGAUAGAGCCACAUAUACGGUCCUCACAGUACUUCUUGGGUCAGUUCAUCCAAUUUCCUGAGAUGAUAGAGUCGCGAAACCGUUGCUUUCUCCUAGAAAUCACUGAGUAAGUAGACGAGGUGUGUUGGGGAUGGCAGUGGGAGCGGGGCAUCAUGCUGUUGCUACAGGUGGAAGUGUGUCUGUCCUGGGCGGGUGGCUAGGGAGACUCCGGGCAAGGAUGCUUUCUAUCUGAUCCUAUCUCAGGUUGGCCGGAGCUGGGCCACGCUCCUUUCUGAUCCAGAGAAAAGCUUUAUUUCACUGCUGGUGUCCUCAUCUCUCUCUCCCCCGCACACAGAUGCGAUCACCCCCAUAGCUACUUUCUGAGCGUUUGCUCUGUGCUCUAUGCUUCCUCCUGGGAUGGGUAAUUGGUACAGGGAUGGGUUUUUUUUUUUUUUUUUCGGGAUCAGCUGAUUAGACCUAAUGGUUUCCAUGGCUGCUCAAAACAAAGCCCAGAAAAGACAGGAAAUUCUCAGAAGUGCCCUGGGAGAUGACACCCCCCCCCAAAUGCAUGACACCCCACCAUGCCCACUCCUGGGCCUCUGCUCCAGAGAAAGAAGCCCAGACCUGUCUCUAAAAAUGCCAGCCACCAAAAGGAUCCCGACCGGGCCCUCCAAAGAGUUAAGAUUUGAUUUCCUCCCUCUGGAAUCAACGUUGCCAUCAUUUAUCAACCGACAGUGCAGUGUGGCGAGCCAUGAGAUUAAAACGAUGGUGAAAUAAUGACAGCAAAUCUGGAAAGAAGAGAGGCGCGGUGCCCAGGGUUCUCAUAUCGCCUGCAUCCCAGCACUGGGGGGACGCGGGUCAGCGUCUGUCAACAUGCCACUUGUCCGGCAGUGGGGAAGAGCCACGUCAAAGGAGAGAGGCUGGUCUGAGAGCAGGGACGAUGAGAAGGGGUCCAGCUCCUGGCGGGGGCGUUUUUAAAAGGCCUUGACUGCUUUGACAAAAGCCAAAGGCAGGAAACAAGGCUGAAGAGCAGUCACAGGGCCACCGUGACAGGCCCCGGGGCCGGCCACCCGCCACACAUGAAAAGAUGCUACUGGUCCUCUCGGUGAAGAGGCAGGGGUUGAAAGAAAUGGACACAAGGCCCGUGUGAGAGAGCUGGAGAAGAGGCAGGGCCCCCAUCGCCAGGCCAGAUGGAUGGCCUUGCCAAAUGAGGAAUCCACUCCCCAGCCCCAGGGAGGGGCCAAGGGGCACGGACACGUUUCAUCCUAAACUAAGCCUUUUUUCCCUUUUCCCACUUGAAUCGUUUUCUCAAACAAUGAGGCCGGGAGAGAAAUUUUUCCAAGCCUUAACUCCACGUCUGCAUAGAGGUCGCCCUCCUUGGCCGGCAGCGCCCCAGACACAGGCCUGUUCCAGCAGCUGAGGGAGGAGCCGGGGCCCCGCUGGGCGUGGCCAGGAGGAGAAGGUGCACGAGGGUGCAGGGCACUGGCCGGGGGACAGAAGUCCGAGGUCUCUGCUGUUUCUGAAAGGGGGUCUCACCCCUCAAGGCACUACUCCUGCCUCUGCCAGUGUCCCAGGAAAAUCGGUCCCCGGCCUCCCCAUUGCGGGUCACUAAGUCCGUGCUGCCAAUGUGCUCGUCCCUCACCUCACUCCAGGUCCUCCUCUCUCUGAGCCUGGUGGGAUUUCAGAUCAUCCCUUAGAGGCUAGGAAAGAAUCUGGGGAUCAGCAGGCAGCCCCAUACAGUGAGAGUUGCAGGCAGGACAAGCGGGCCAGAGAGCCAGCCUGUGCCAGCAACGCCCUCCAAGACCAGCCCCAGGUGAUGAACUUCCCUCCCCUAUAGCACAAAGCAGGCCCGGGCCUGCCGGGGCCUGAAGACCACAGGGGUCUCCCGCCCCGGGCUCUGGUACUGAUGGAGCUCAGGCAGGGGCGCCCCGCGGCUGGACAGCUCAGGCCCCGCCUGCCUCGCCACAGUCAUCCAGCCUCCCGCCAGUGUAAAUGCUGAAGAUGGCGAGACACAGCCGAGCCAGGGCCCUGGGGCCCGCUCUUAUCUUUCCUGCCUUCAGCAUCCCCACAUCUUCCCAGGGUCCUCUCUGAGAGUGGGCCCCCAAAUGUCUGCUGCCUCGCCUCACCCCAAACCAGGGAGGGGCCUGAAGCCAGGUCCACUCUGAAACCCCAUCCCCUCCCGGCCCAAGUCCUCCGAGCUGGCCGCGUGACACGAGAGAGAGGACAUUCCAGGGCGCCCAGCCUCCCCCACCCCCUAGAAGCAGGUGAGGACCUGGACCACCACUUCUGUCUAGAAUCUCCCUUCUGUGGGCGGCUGACCUGACCGGCGCAGCCUCUAACUAGCCAGAACGACCUCAGUGGCCUCAGCGUUGAUGCGCGCAUUUUACAGCAUUUAAGGCAGAUUUCAAGUUAAAAAAAAAAGCCCACGACACUUCUUUGGAUAAGUGGUUUACCCUUCGUGGUAAUUAGAUGUGGUGAUUGGGAUCUCUUUUCUAUUACAUGGCAAUUUUCCUUUAAAUUUCCCCUAAAAAAAAAAAAAAAAGGCAAGAGAAGGCCGGGAAGACAGGAGGCAGGCGCCUGAGAGUCAUUUGCAUUUUGCGAAUGAGGCCUCUUGUAAGCUCAGCUCAGGCGUGGGGCCCAACGUAUGGAAUGCUUAAGAGAUUACUAAGAAUAAAAUCUAUUAAUUAGUCAUACUCAAUUCCGCAGACAUCAUGUGCAUCCAAAGCCUCUUUGCUUCCCCUUUCUCCUUCUCUCUUCCUCCAUCUUCUCCUCUAAAUUGGCUCUGGCUUCCUGGACCGCCUCCCCGGUAACAUGGCGGCCACGUGGCUGCCUAGGGGGCCUCCCCACCCAGGGCCGGGAUGCUGGGUUUGGGGCAGGAGCUGGGGCACCGGCUCCUUCCCACUCUGGGGGAUGCUGGCAGGGGAGGUAACAGCAGCUGGGAAGAUGGCAGUGCCUGGGGGCCCCCAGCUUCCCCACCCAAAGCCUGAAGGCCUCGCCUGCCUUGUGCCUAUCCUCCCUCCCUCCAGCCUCCUCCUCUUACCCCUAGGGUCCCUGGAGGUCCUCCGGCCCCAAGAAGGGGAGAGAGGCCAGGCUGAGAGUGAGGAAGUGUCAGGGAGGUGCAGGGAAAGCGCGUUCCGUGAAUCCACCUCCUCUAUUUCCCCUUCUGUAAAGUGAGGGUGGGGUCUAGCUUCACCCCCAAAAAGCUGGGUGCUCCACUGA